CGUGCGACGAGUCGAGACUGUGUUGCUGGGCUUUUUUCUCUUUUCUUCCGGCCCAACUUGGUGGCUGAUUUUCUCUCUCUCUCUCUCUCUCUCUCUGUUUUGUUGGUGUGGUUGAGUCGACUGGUAGAUGCGGCUGGUCCGAGACCUUGGUCGCGUGGCACCAACAACCAGAGUCAGUCGGUCACAAAUUCCCAAAUCCACGGGAGAGAGAUAAUCAUCAGGCAGAGCUGCAGCAGGUGGCCAUGGCCGACUCCCCCGAGUUAGCUCGUGCUCGGGACGUCCUGAGCGUCAGCGCCGACGAGCACGCGCGGGUGGACGCGCUCUCCUCCGCCGCAUCCGCAUCCCUAUCACAGUCCACUACUCAUCUGUCGCCGAGCUUCUUCGAGGGAUUCGCGCUGCGCGGGAUCCGCGUCCUCCGCCUCCACCCGGGCUUCAUCCACUGCUCCUACACCGUCCCCCCGAGCCUCACCGACUCCACCACCGGCUGCCUCGCCGCCGGCGCCGUCGUGGCCCUGGUCGACGAGAUCGGCUCCGCCGCCUCCAUCUCCGAGGGCCAAAACCUCAAGGUCUCCGUCGACAUGUCCGUCGCCUUCCCGGAUCUCUCCCAGGCCCGCCCGGGGGACCGGCUGAGCAUAACGGCAAGGGCACUCGGACACAAGGGCGCCUACUCCGGCACACACGUGCUCUUCACCAACGCCGGCACCGGCAACGUCGUCGCCGAGGGCAGGCACUCCCUCUUCGGUAACAUGAAGAAGUCGCCACCACCCAAGCCAGCGGCCACUACUCACAGGAGCAACUUGUGAUGAUGCCUCUGCCUGCUCCUACUCCGCUACUCUGUUCUGUAUUCUGAUGAAGAGUACCUUGCCAUCAGACAUCAAGUAUAAAGGAGAUAUGUUCUGAACGGGCGCCUACUCCUCUCUUAUCAGUUCGGCCUGUAUAUGUAACAUUGAUUCAGAGCAGUACGAUGUAUGAUGUGUAUUAUGCAACUCGACUUUGGUAAUCAGAACUAUCAUUCUCCAUGUC